CUACACAUAGCACUCACACACACACACACACACACACACACACACACUGCUCGCAUCAAGUCGACCCACACCGGCAGCUCGUUGUUCGAUGUUUGUGUUGCUCGCAUCUGCUCCAGCGAAUCUGUCGCGCGCGAGAAGAAGAACAAGAAUAACACGAGCUGUCUAAUGACGAAAAUAGUUGAGAGCAACGGAGCAUUGAGGGGAGCAGCGGGAAGGAUGUCGACAUAUUAUUGACUUGUGCUGAGUGUCGUCGAGUCGAGCGAACAGCGCCGUGGAUUUCUUUCUGACUCUGUAGCCGUGAGAAUGACAGAAUAUAAGUUGGUGGUGGUAGGUGCAGGUGGUGUGGGCAAGAGUGCUCUGACCAUCCAGCUCAUUCAGAACCACUUUGUUGAUGAAUACGACCCAACCAUUGAGGACUCAUACAGGAAACAGGUGGUGAUUGAUGGAGAGACGUGUCUUUUAGAUAUCCUGGAUACUGCAGGUCAGGAAGAGUACAGUGCAAUGAGAGACCAGUACAUGAGGACCGGAGAGGGCUUUCUUUGUGUCUUUGCCAUCAACAAUACCAAGUCUUUUGAGGACAUUCAUCAAUACAGGGAACAGAUUAAGAGGGUUAAAGACUCAGAUGAUGUGCCUAUGGUGCUUGUGGGUAAUAAAUGUGACCUACCAGCACGCACUGUGGACACAAGACAAGCCCAGGAACUCGCUCGUAGCUAUGGUAUACCGUACAUUGAAACCUCAGCCAAGACAAGACAGGGAGUGGAAGAUGCCUUUUACACACUCGUCCGUGAAAUCAGGCAGCAUAAGUUGAGGAAACUGAACCCGCCAGAUGACAACGGCCAAGACUGUAUGAACUGCCGCUGUGUGGUGUCAUGAUCUGUGAAAGUGCAUGGCGUGGCUUUGGAAGCAGUGCAGCCCUACAGACCACAGACACUGCAACAUCUACACAGAUGCUGGACGUUUAGAGCAGACUGAUGUAAAAGGGAAAUCUUUAUUCUUGCAGCCCUGCAGUCUUCUUAGGGAUGUUCCCAUCGCUCUCCUUUACUGGAGAGGAAAGAAGUUGUACCUCAUUGUAAUGGUCUCAACUCUGGAGUUGCUAUACGACUGGAUGAGCGCUGUCACACUUAAAUAUAUUUACAUUAAACAAACUAUUUACUCUUAACUGGAAGUAAUAGCUCAGAAAAUAACCUCUCAUAUUGCUUUUUCAUCUGUGUAUGUUAGAAAAACACUUUACAAGACGGAGAGGAGAAUUACUACAUCAGUUAGAUUAGCAUAUGUCUGAAUGUGAGCAAGAUUUGUAUUGAUUUGCUUAGAAGUCUAACCUAAUAAAAUGUACUUAAUUAUUUACGUUCUCUUGCAAAGAGAAUAGUCAUAUGCAGUGUGUGUAUCACAAGUUAUAGUGCAAUAGAUUGCGAUUAGAAGGUACAUAUCCGAUAGGACAUGCUAUGGAAUCGCAUUUAUUCUUUGUUAGCCUUUUUGAAUUUGAAUGGCCCUCAGGGUUUUUGAAUUGUGGCUUGAUUAAAUAUCCAUAUGUGAUGCUUUUCAUUUACAUUAUUAGACAAAUGCAUCACAAAUAAUUGCAUUGGCUAAAUAAGACAUAUAAAUUAAGGUCUCUUCAAAAAAUAUAUAUAUAUAUAUUCUUGUUGGAGAAUGAAUGCAAACCUACUAUAAACUUCAAAGUUUGGACUGAAAAGCUUUUGUUGAUAUUGUCAGCACUGUGCAGUUCCCAUGUUCAGGGCAUACACUUGAAACUUUGAAGUCAAACAAAAAGGAAGUACAUUUUUAUAUGUUUGUGUUAAUAAGGAGUGAUAUACCGUACUUCAAUCAGACAUCAGAUUGCUUGUAUUAUACGCUUGUUGUCAAUCAUCAUGUAAAUUCAUCAUUAUAAAUCAACUUUCCGUUAGAUUUCAAAUCUAAACAAAGGUCUUUCGAUUUAAUUUAUGUGAACACUUAACAGUGUCUUUGACUGAGUGUCUUCUCUUUCUGGCUGAAAUUUGAUGAUUUUGCUCGAUAAAGAUUGCAGAAUGUUUUGUUCCCUUGAAGUCUAUUGAUUGUUCUCAAGGACAUACAUGGGCGAAUAUGAUUCUCCGUUUAAAUCACAUGUCAGUAGCUAUGGAUAUGACCUUCAAGGGUUUCUAUCAGAACGUUUUGAUGGAUUUAGCUACUCUGCCACAGAGUAAAUGUGGGUUUAUCACGUGGUGUGAUGGCUGCCACGACUUACUAUUGUUGUACAUUAAUAUUGUUAAUGUCCAUUUUCCAUGACACUUUUAACAGUAGGUAAAAUACACCAAUAUAUGACCUCGAAUUAUAUAGGACCUCUAUGUUAUUCUGUUUUA